AUGUACGACGAGAUUGCACCAGAUGCUCAGUUCCCACGCUUAAUCAAACCGAUUGAUGUCGUGGUUGUUCAAAAGAGUUUCCCCAGUAACAGCAAUAAUACUCUUUCACUGGUUGAAGGCCAGGUAGUGCAUGUCCUCAACAAGCUGCCAUCUGGAUGGUGGGAUGGAUUGAUGGUCAUGGAAGAUUCUAAGAUUAUCAGGGGCUGGUUCCCGUCCAAUCACGUCAAGUCUUCUCUUCCUUCAGUUGAUGCAAACACUAAUCGAGUUAGUAACAAUCUAAUGACAGCUACUAAUAAACCACAUAUAAACUUGCCGAAGUCAAUUUUGAAAAACAUUGAUGACUUUGAAAACAAAGGCAACAAAUCGAGGCAUAGCAGUACGGUAAGUUUUGUUUCGUCCAACAGUCUGGAGGCAGUCUCCAGCAAUAAUACUCAAGGACCCAAGAGACCCUCCAUAGUAUCAGAGAAUAGUAGGGAUGCUUCAAGUAACCAUUCGGGUUCGAAAGUGUUCAAUCUGGCUGAAUUGGAAUCAUAUCUUGAAGACCAUCCUACCAACGAGACGCUGACUUGGAUGCCUGUAUUCAACGCCAAGAACGUGCUCCUUUAUUACUCUGAAGUAUUGGAUAUAUGUUGUUCUGAGCUUCCGAUGACACAUCAAGGACCAGUCGGAGAAGUUGCACUACCAUACAAGACUUCAUCAAACGUCAUCGAACCUGUGGAAUAUGAUGGCUCAUCGAGAGGACCUGCCUAUCACCAGACGCAUGACUUUGCAGCUAGACAAGAUUCCCUGACUAAUUCCAAUUCGAGUUUUCAAUUCAGGCAAAAGAAGCGUUCUGUCCAGUUUGUGAAACCUGAUUCAGGCUUACUCAAUCUACCUGGAUAUUUCUAUUCUAAUCCAACUGAUAUAAAAACCUGGGAUCAGUUUUUGGCAGCAUUUACAUCUGCUUCCGAGGCAACAAUUGAUAGUCUAUUACAAGGGUCCAAAAAAGAGUUCACAAUCAAUUUGAUGCGUACUAGCUUACUGGUGACGUUGUUGCAGCUGAUCACGAGGCUCAAACAAAGCAAGAUUGCAAAGACAGAUUCUUUAAAGAAUGUCUCAUUCAAACUGAAGAAGAUCACCAGCAUGUUGACCCAAUUGACUGUCAAUGGAAAUCUUCAUUUUUCAGCCUUUGAGGAUUCUCCAAACUAUAUGGGCAAUUUGAAAGACAUGGUGAAUAAGACCUCCCUGACCGAUAAUUUAGAGAAAAGCAAUUCGGAAUAUGCACAUGAGAUUAUUGACAGAUUGAAUGAAAAACAUACGACGGGCUCUACCCUCAAAUUUGAGCCAAGCCUAUAUCUGCGAAAAGCUGAAGUGAACCGUGCUAUUUUAUCUGAGCGAGUGAAGGACACCAUUCAGAUUUUGAGACAGAUUUCAGACGCAACUUUUCUACCACAAAUAUAUCCAAGGUUUUUUCAAAAUGGGUUUGAGGCAGCUAACUGGUCUGUUUAUUUUGUGGAUCCCCCUCCAAACAUUUUCCAGGAGGAAUUAGAUUCAUCUCCUGGCUCAUCGGUUACCUCCAAUACGUCCGAUUCUACACCCAAUGUCCUGAGAGCACUGCGUACAAAACAUACAAGACCUCUGAAUGAAAGGACAGCUAUCGAUUUGGAAAUGAUCUCAAAGGAUUUGAACUUUAUUUUCCAAGACAUCCUGAGGAGCCUAAAAUCUGAAACGCCUCCGAAUUGUAGUCGUUACAAACAUUAUUAUGAUAUUACUGUUGACGUUGCUACAAUUGCUCAUAGUCUCAUUCCGUUGAUGUCAAAAUUCCUCAAUUACCUGGACGAGCUAGAUUUCUCAUUAUUCAAGGAGUUGAAGAGAACUUUUGGAGAUACUUUAAGAACCUUGAAGAGGAGCAAAGAUGCGGAUCAAAGCAGUCAAGGGGAUAAUGAUUAUACUCAGGCUAAGAGAGUCCCAAAAAAUGGCGACAGCUCGAGAUUUGAAGAUAAUGGCACUCGGGAUGCUGAUAGUCAUGACCAAACCUCGACGAGUGAAGCGUUUUUAGUUUGUGAAACGUUUUUUAAGGCUUCAUUUGGGCUUGUGACAGAAUUCUAUGAUUCUAAACAAAUUUUGUUUAAUCUUUUCAGUGAUAUUGUCCUUGAUGUACAGUCUUUAACUCUUGAUGACACCGAGUCGUUUCUGGCACUGAGAGAAGAUGACUUAGAAACUUUACUUGACUCACCUGAUUUGACAACCAGAUUGGCUGCUAGACUUGCAAAAAGAAUCAAAGAUAGAGAGAUCUUUGCGUCAUCUACUUCUAUUCAUUUUGAUCCAUUGAGGAAAAUGCCAAUUACUAUAGGUAAUAUUCAGAACAGACUAAUGAUAAUAAUUGAGCUUUGUUCUCAGCUUUUGGAGGAAAAGCAAAUUUUACUUAACUAUACGGCAAGGUCUAUGAUUGAUGGUUUGAAUUUCCUUCCUACUUUGAACGAUAGUGGAUCCAAUAUUGGAAAUAACCAGAUGUCCCAAGCAAGUAGCACUGAGGAAGUUUUGGAAGGAUGGGAUAUUCAUGUACCAGGAUCUGAGUUUGAGCCAUGGUUUUUGAGCUCUUCUACCAGAGAGAAGGAACUCAUCUAUAAUAGUAAUAAGACAUUGAAGGGCGGCUCGAAGGAUGGACUCCUUGAUUAUUUAACUAGUUCUGCCAACGAGGAUGUUAUGAUCAGACAUACCUUCCUUUUAACAUUUAAGUCUAUGUUCAGGGAGGUUGAGUUUGUAAGCAAGCUUAUUCAACGGUUUAAUCUAAAAGCACCAGAAGGUUUAAGUUAUGAUGAGUAUAGGCUCUGGUUAGAUCGAAAAUUGAGACCGACACAAGAAAUGGUUUUGAAGAUUAUAAUACCCCUAUUACGUGAUUAUUGGAAUGUGCAUUAUUAUUCGCCCAAAUUAAUGAGAAUUUUGGACCAGUUUGCUACAUCCUUAGCUAGGACCUCUUUUUUUAAGGAAGGCCAAACUAUUAAAGAAUUGGUUAAGAAAGUAGCAAAACUCAGCAUAGAUGCAGGUCCAGACGAACCAACUAACAAUUCACAUUUACCAAUAAUACACACCGAUAACCCUCCACCUCCACCAAUCCUGCCGAAAUCUUCCUCAAUUAGGAAGUUAAAACUCAAAGAGAUUCACUCAAGAGAGGUUGCUAGACAAUUAACGAUCAUGCAAUACCGAUACUUUGCCAAAAUCAAUCAGAUGGAGCUGCUAUCUCGAUGCUGGAACGCUAAAAAAUAUGGAUCCAUUGGUUCAUCCCCGAAUAUCACCAAAUUUAUUAACGACUGUAACCGACUGACACAUUUCACGUCGUAUAUGAUCCUUAGAAAGAAAAAUGAUAUCAAGAAGCGUGCAGAGUAUAUUGGAUACUUUAUCAGAGUGGCUAAUGAAUGUCGCUCAAUGCGAAACUUCUCUACUAUGACUGCGAUUAUUUCUGCAUUGGGAUCAACUAAGAUAUCUAGGUUGAAGAAAACAUGGAAGCUUGUACCGGAGCAGGAAAUUAGUAUUUAUCAGAGCAUUGACGCUUUAAUGUCUAUCGAGAGGAAUUACGGAGAAUACAGAAGUAUUCUCAUGAAUGUUUCUAGUGAGCCAUGUGUCCCGUUCUUGGGUGUCUUUCUUUCAGAUCUUCGGUUUAUGGCUGACGGUAACAGCGAUUAUUUGAAGAAUGUGAAAACAAACAAAUUGGACAAGAAACUCAUCAACUUUGAAAAACGGUACCGUAUUGCUACUUUGGUAACUGAUGCGCAAAAAUUUACUCAAAUCCCCCCCAACUUCCAAGAGGUCAAAGAGAUUCAAGAUUUGAUUGAAAGGUUGAGUGAAAAUUGUCCUACAGAGGACGAGUUGUACGAAUUAAGUUUGCAGAUUGAGCCACGACUUACAGUGUCGCAGGUGAUGAAUAAGUCUAACUAA